CAGACAAUAACAACAAAUUGCGCUCAGACUAUUGGGUCAACUUCCAUGCCAAUGGCGGCAACGCACCUAGUUGGAGCAGCUCUACUAGUCUUCAUUUCCGUUCACUGUCCUCUCAGGUCAACUCAUACGGCUCCUAUGUCACACUCGAGGACGAACCCGAUGCGAGUCCCUAUAGCUACUCAAACCUUUGGGAAAUUCAGCUCAAGCUUGGUGAAAUCCCAGACAUGAUCUCACAUAAUUUGUUGGAACCCUGUGCUUCUCCAUCUUUCAAGACAGAAGCACACUGUGAGACCCCAUGCUCCUUUCCAUUUAGAAAUCAGGCUGAGGCUUUCUUUUGCAAAAGAAUAGACGGAUAUAACAAAGAAGAGGCGAGGCGGGAAAGAGUUUUCACGGAGUCUGCUAAGCAGAAUGACCAUGAUAUGAUCUGCUUUUUAGAGCUUGAUGACAACCCGUCUAUAGGAGUCGAUAAAAAUUACGGCGCCAUGAAGGCGUAUGAAGAAGAGGAAGAUAAAGAAAACGGGAAUGUCAAAAGACGAUGGGAUACGUCGAUGAUCCGCCCUGUUUACGUGAUAGGUCGCCCCAUGAAGGUACGGCUAGACGAUAAGACCCGUCAUGACCGCAAGGAUAGUGGUUUCUUAAGUGAGGAUGAUGUAUUCUUCUGCAAAGAAAAGCAUAUUCUCUCCGUCACUGUCAGCGACCCUGGUUCUUCUGCUGCUGCUACUUCUAUAACCCUGAAAACCAAACAAGAUCGGAAGCAUGGCCAUAGUGUGGCUUUUGCAUCCUUGCAACGCAUUGCUUCCAGAUUUAUUUGCCGAUCAUAACUUCUUAGCAAUGGUGCUUAGUUUGGAGGAUGCCUUUGAGAUAUUGUUUUUAUGGAUGCAGGACAUUUACAAAUGGAAAAU